CCACACCACUUCCAUCCCACUGUCUCCCUGCUAUGAACCCGUAGCGACAAGUCAAUUGACAUUGCGGACAAUCCAUCGAAUUCUUGCGGGUUCCGCCGCGCUGCAUCGUUGAGCCUCUGUUUCAAGCCUCGCCUCGCUGACAGCAAGACCUCCCUCCACAAUGGUCAAAUUCCUCACCCAGAAUCACACAUACGAAUACGGCUUUCCAACCGUGACGCUCGCCUACUUCCUUCGCUACCCAAAUCCUUUCUCGACGCACGUCAUCAGCACCGAUGUUAUCGACCGCGUCUUCGAUCCCGAGACGCAGCGUCUCACCACCACGAGGCUGCACUUGAAGCGAAGCAAGAUGCCUUCGGCCAUCCUCCGGCUGCUCCCCCGCAACCUUCUUGGUGCCAGCUCGAACGGGCAAAGCCAGAGCUAUGUGCUUGAGCGCAGCACUGUCGACGUGAGGGAGGGCUGGAUGAAGACCGAGAGCCGGAAUCUGGAGCUGACAAACCUCUUAACCGUGGUCGAGAGGCAGGAAUAUAGGGCCACGGGGAAUGGCGAACCUGCAGCAACAGCGUCUUCCUCUGGGUCAAGUUUGCCAUUGGAGGCGCUGCGAUUCGGCACAGACGAUUCUACCGAGGUGACGACGACGGUUCAACUCACCUCAAAGUUUGGACAGCGUUUGCGAGAGCGACGGAAAGCGGUUUCGGAGGCCCUGGAUGAUGACGAGCAGAAGGUCGGGCUGCUUGCUCGGUGGAGUCAGUCGAGUUUGCAGCGAAGCAUUGAAGCGAUCGGCUUGAAGAGAGCGCACAGGAGCCAGCCCAACGCGACCGAGGGUAUGAAGGUUGUGCUUGAGCGGCUGCGUGAGGGUGGCCUCGUCGGUGUGCUUGAGGGUAUGCGACAGGAUCGCGAGAAAGCCAUGGCCAUGUCCUCUGCCACUACGACUCACUAGGGCGAUGCGCUUUCGCCCAUAUCGUCACCACUGACAUGAAUUUUUCUUUUCUAGGGAUUUCUGCAUCUUUAGCGUUGGUGUUCUUGCGGGUUCAUCUGUUGCUUUAGCCCUUGUACUAUGUAUAUCAUGUCGUCCACUGCACUGCAAGCAACGAAAAAGGAGGACCUCAAAACAAAAUAUGGAAUAUGUACAAAUACUAGCUUGGUUCGCUAUUGAUGUUGCGGGCCUAUACGAUAGGAAGUCAAAAAACUCCACUUCAGACCAACA